UGUGUGUGUGUAGAGAUGGAGAAUGGAGGUGAGGACACGGAGUCUCUGUGGGAGUCAGUGGAGAGUAACCGCUACAUCUUAAGUCGCUACAUCUCGCCUGGUAAACUGACCUACCUGCGCCAAUGUAAGGUUCUAGACGAACAGGACGAAGAUGAGGUCUUAAACUCACUACUACUGGUCUCUAAGGUCAAUCGCACAGGUCGUCUGUUAGACAUUCUUCAUGGUAAAGGAGAGCGAGGUUAUGUAGUUUUUCUGGAGAGUCUCGAGUUCUACUAUCCUGACCUUUACAAGCUGGUGACUGGCAAGGAGCCCACCAGACGCUUCUCCACUAUCGUUGUGGAGGAGGGUCAUGAAGGGUUAACCCAGUUCCUGAUGAAUGAAGUCAUCAAGCUACAGCAGCAGGCCAAAGCUAAAGAUGUCCAGAGAGUUGACCUCAUUGGGAAACAGCGCACCCUGGAGGAUGAACAGAAAAAACUACGCCUGACCAACCAGGAACUAUCAGCCUUCCAGCAGAGAUACAACAAGAUGAAGGAAGAUAGGAACAACUACAAUGAUGAGCUACUGAGGGUGAAGGAUGAGAACUAUAAACUGGCCAUGCGGUAUGCAACGCUCAGCGAGGAGAAGAACAUGGCUGUGAUGAGGAGCAGGGACCUGCAGCUGGAGAUCGACCAGCUGAAACACAAACUAAACAAGCUAGAGGAGGAAUGUAAGAUGGAGAGAAGACAGAGUCUGAAACUGAAGAACGACAUCGAGAACCGACCGAGAAAAGAACAGAUCUUCGAACUGGAGAGAGAGAACGAGGUUCUGAAGAUCAAACUGCAGGAGCUGCAAUCUAUCAUACAGCCAGGGCCUCUGCCUGCGUCUGACAAGGCGAUCCUGGACAUUCUGGAACACGACCGCCAGGAGGCGUUAGAAGACAGACAAGACCUGGUCAACAGACUGUAUAACCUACAUGAGGAGAUACGGCAGGCUGAGGAGCUACGAGACAAGUACCUUGAGGAGAAAGAGGAUCUGGAGCUCAGGAGCUCUACACUACAGAAGGACUGUGAGAUGUACAGGAACAGGAUGAACACCAUCAUUAUACAGCUGGAGGAGGUGGAGAAGGAGAGAGACCAGGCGUUCCGAGCCAGAGAUGAAGCCCAGCACCAAUUCUCUCAGGGUCUGGUUGAUAAAGACAAGUACAGGAAACAGAUCAGAGAGUUGGAGGAGAGGAGUGAUGAGCUGCACAUAGUGAUUGUUCAUAAAGAUGCUAAGAUCGUCACUUUGGAGUCCAGACUGAGACGCCUAUCGAAAGAUACUGCUAUGGACCAGAGUUUGCCCAGAGACAUCCCCCCAACUGUCAUCGCUCAGGUGAUGGGGGAGGAGCCUCAAUCUCUUGGCCAAUCAGAGGGCUCCAGUGAUGAGUCGCCAGAGGAGAAGUUCUUCCUUCCAGAACCCCGCCUCAAGAGACGACCCAACCUGAAAGCAGUGAUUACCAGAGUGAAGUCUCCAGUCUCCACCCCCAAAACUCUGGACCCGCCAAUCAACACAGAGGACAGUCUCCGUGCAGCUGGUGGUGGAGCGUCUCCAGAUGUGAUGAUGUCAGAGAGUAACCUAACCCUGACCCUGAGCAGCACAUGUCCCCCCUCCCCUUCCCACUCCCCCUUCCCCAUCCGCCCCAACACAGAGCUGCCCAGCAAGACUACCAUGCUGCGCUACCGUAACGACAGCAUCAUGUCGACCAACCCCGAGCCGCCAGGAAACGCAUCACUGGUCCGUCGGACGCGAGAGGGAGAGACUGACUUCCAGCCCCGCGGCCUCUGUGACUUUGAAUAUGAGUGUGUAGACAACAUGGAUUAUGAUGAGGAAAUGGAAACACGUGGUCCUCCCUCACUCCACUCCUCCUCCUCCUCCCAUCAGUCAGAAUGUUUAGAUUCCUACGACCUGGAGACCGUCAACAACAUUUUCAGGAAACUGUCCCUGGAGAGGCCUUUCCGUCCGUCUCUCUCCUCCUUCUCGAGGGUCAGCUCUUCUCUGCGGCCAGUCCAGGAGCUUUCAUUGCUAGGCGACCAACUUUUGGCUGAUGUCACGCUGGUUGGUGGUAACGACAGUGGAAUCUUUGUGUCGUCUGUCCAAUCAGAGUCCGGCGCUGAGAAGGCGGGGCUACGGGAGGGCCACCACCUCCUUUUGCUGGAGGGCUGUAUCCGCGGGGAGAACCAGAGCAUCUCGUUGGACACCUGCACCCAGGAGGAAGCCCAUUGGACGAUGCAACGUUGCUCUGGACCAAUCCAACUGCACUACCGUGCCAACUAUGAUGGGUACCGGAGGCUGCAGAGAGAUCUAUCGGAGGGAACGGUGACGUCAGGAGACUCAUUCUACAUCAGAAUCAACCUCAACAUCUCUGGCCAAUCAGACACCUGCUCCCUGAGCGUGCUUUGUGAUGAGGUGGUCCAUGUCCUGGACACGAUGCACCAGGGGAAGUGGGAGUGGCUUUGCUCCCGGGUCGAAGCCUACUCUGGAACCGACCUAUCGGAAAAAGGCACCAUCCCCUCUUACUCACGGGCCCAGCAGCUUCUCCUGGUAAAGAUGCAGAAGCUGGUGUGUCGAGGAGGAAGAGAAGAGAAUGACAGCCUGCGCAACUUCAAGGUAUUAACUAGACCCAAAUUAACUAGCCAGCUACCCCCUAACUGCUCAGAACGGUUUUUGAUAAUAAAAAUCAUGAAACUGCCACGCCCCCCCGAGGUCCCCGAGGUGCCAUAUUUGGUCCAGUCCUGUGGACGAGAGCCGUUACAGGCUGCCACGCCCCCCGAGGUGCCAUAUUUGGUCCAGUCCUGUCGACGAGAGCCGUUACAGGCUGCCACGCCCCCCCCCGAGGUGCCAUAUUUGGUCCAGUCCUGUCGACGAGAGCCGUUACAGGUUGCCACGCCCCCCGAGGUGCCAUAUUUGGUCCACUCCUGUGGACGAGAGCCGUUACAGGCUGCCACGCCCCCCGAGGUGCCAUAUUUGGUCCACUCGAGAGUUACAGGCUGCCACGCCCCGAGGUGCCAUAUUUGGUCCACUCCUGCUGCCGUUACAGGCUGCCACCCGAGGUGCCAUAUUUGGUCCAGUCCUGUCGACGAGAGCCGUUAUUUGGUCCAGUCCUGUGGACGAGAGCCGUUACAGGCUGCCACGCCCCCCCGAGGUGCCAUAUUUGGUCCAGUCCUGUGGACGAGAGCCGUUACAGGCUGCCACGCCCCCCGAGGUGCCAUAUUUGGGAUGGGUCCAUAUCUCUAUAUGUUCAGGGUGUUGGGCUGUAAGCACAACCUCCACCUGUGGACUUCGGGCCCUCAUACCACCCUCAUGGAGUCUGUUUCUGACCGUUUGAGCAGACACAUGCACAUUUGUGGCCUGCUGGAGGCAGUGUAUAUUAGCAUGUAUAUAUUUAUGCUGUAUAUUAUUAUACACUCUACAACCUGUACCCUUUACAAUGUGUGUGUGUGUGUGUGUGAAGACUGUGCAGACCCAUACAGUGAUGUGAGUAGGAGUGUGAACCUGGUUCCGUACAGCCUGGUCUCCCCUCAGCGGGUCCAGAGGAAGAGGCCGGUUCUGAUCAGUCCAAACAGUCUGGCCCGGACCAUUAUUCAGAAGAUACUCAACAUGGGUGGAGCCAUGGACUUCAACAUCUGCAAACCAGAUGUCCUAACUAAAGAAGAGUUCUUAAUGAGACAGAGGAUUGAACCCAUCAUCUCCUCCAGAGAGAAGAACACCAACACCUACGAGGUUGUCUCUCCUGAGAACAUAGAGGCUGUUGCUGCAAAGGGUAAACACUGUUUGAUGGAGGCUGACGUGAGCUGUGUUAAAGACCUUUUGAGGAGAGAGAUCUACCCAAUCAUCAUCCACAUCAAGAUCUGUGACAAGAACAUCAGGAAGCUAAGGAAGCUGCCCCUUCGUGUGGACAGUGAGGAGGAGUUUGUCAGAGUGUGUCGGAGCAGAGAGAGAGAGCUGGAGAGUGUUCCGUGUCUCUAUGCGUGUCUGGAGCCUGAGGAAUGGGCUGGGCCUGAUGACCUCAUCAGAGUGGUGAAAGACAGAAUCCAGGAGGAACAGAGGAAGACUGUCUGGGUGGAGCAAGACCUGCUGUAACACACACAGAUUAAUGCAUGCACACACCUCACACACACAGAUUAAUGCCUGCACACACCUCACACACACACAGAUUAAUGCCUGCACACACCUCACACACACAGAUUAAUGCCUGCACACACCUCACACACACACACCUCACACAGAUUAAUGCCUGCACACACCUCACACACACACAGAUUAAUGCCUGCACACACCUCACACACACACAAGGUGUGCAAGAUGGCGACGCUGGGUUAGAUGCCACAAAAUAGUUGGGAGUCCCCAGUAGGGGCUGCACACAAUUGGCCCAGCGUCGUCUUGGUUUGGCUGGGGUACGCCGUCAUUGUAAAUAGCAAUUUGUUCCUAACUGACUUGCCUAAUUAAGAAAAGGUUAAAUAAAAUACAAAAUUGUUGAGAGGUAAA